GCUCGCCCCCACGAUCCCCAACCACGCUCGCCAACCGCACGGCACCCGCGGCCCUCACCGCUCGACACCCACACGAUCCCCAACCACGCCCCGCCGCUCACCACCCGCACGGCCCCGCCGCUCCGUACAAGCGGCUGCACGGCCGAGGCAGCAGCCGUCGUCCCGGCCGCCACCCAAGAACCUCUGCAGAACUACCAGCGCGGGCCGUCCCCCAGGCUCCGCGACUACGAUGGCGGCGACGAACAAGGUUCGCCAGGGAGGCGAGGCCCUGCUGGCGUGCCCAGCCGCCACCACCAGGGCCGCGGGCUGCCGAUGGGCUCAGCCGGGCGGCGGCCGCCCGGGGGCAUCCAGCAGCGCACCGCCGGCAGACAUGGCCCACUCGCCCGUCGCUCUGCGGUGGGAGGAGAAGUUCGACGACGAGGUGGGGUACAGGGACUACGACGAGGAGGAGGAUGAGGAGGGGGAGGGGAGAUUCACUGGGGGGACACGGUCGGGCGGGGCCAUGCCCAUGCCGCCCGCUGGCUUCGUCCUCGACGACCAGGGUUGGUGCAUCGCUGCCGCCUCCAAGCACAUCGUCACCAUCCUCAGAGGUUCAGAAAAUUUCCACUCAUCAGCAUUUGCAGCAUCUGAGAGGUGUAGCAUGCAAAGCUUAAUAAAAUGGAUUGGGAUUUCAGAGUUGAUCUGUGAAUUGGAUUGUUACUUGGGUCAAUUGAUGGUAGCUUGGGUCAACUGAUUGUUACUUGGGUCAAUUGACUAUACUCGCAUGCAAUGUCGGAAGCAGAUGGGUCUCCCAACAAGGGGUUAAAGGCAAAAUCAAUAAAUGCUCAAACAAAUAAUGUCAGAAGAACACUUAGUUGGUAAUUUGUUGAUGAGCUGUGGGAUCACACAAAGUGUGAUAGAGGUGUACGCAGAGUCACAGACAUGGGUCAGCCUAUGUAGUUCUUGUGUCACAUAUCUGUUCUAAAAUAGUAAUUUGAGCUAAAUUCCGUUUUAUCAA